CGAACUGCCAUCGAUUUCACAUAAAAAAAAUAAAGAGAUCGACGAAAAAUAGUGCGUGUAUGUGAUGGUGCUGGUGCAAAGAUUAGAGGAGCCAGAAAGGAAAGCAAAAAGUAUAGUGACCAUCAGUUUGCGGGGUGCGAAUCGAGUUUAGAAAUAGGAAAAUCUUCAGGAUCCUGCCCAUUUAAGUUUCCGCUGGCCGUUGUAAAGUAGAGAAAGUUCGGGAAAAAUCCGGGGCUUGAGAUUCGGUUUCGGUUCCGCGAUACAAAAUAAAGCUUCCUCUCGGUGGACACUUUUUCGAGAAAGGUGAUUUUCCGCGAUCUCAAAUGGAGCAUUACGACAAAAAGCAAGAAAGAAACCAGUGAAGAACGAACGAGAAGAAGCGAGCCUCCGUUUGCAUAUUCUUCUGCGGUUUUCUGCUGCUCCUUCUGCUUCUGGAAGUGAAGUUCGGGAUUGUGUUGGAAGAGUGGGCCUUCGCCACUUUCAAGGCGUAGAAAGCAGAAUAAUUUUUGGUGGUUGACAAAAGUUCACGGAUUUCGGAACACAUUGAAUCCAUCAGCUGGACGAAACUGAUGACGGAACAUCCCAUCGGAUAGGAUCCAGAUAGGAUAGACAGGAAGGAAGGAAGGAACGACGUUUGCAGGGAAGGGGUAAAAUGUCCGGCCAAAGUUCCAUCGGAAAUCGGAUCAGCAUGAUAGAGGCCCAACUGCAGGUGCAACCGACGAUGCCGGGGCCGUCCUCUCAGGGUCAGGGCCCCAGGACACCGCCGACGCCUCCGACGCUCAAUUUCGAUCGCACCAGACGAGUUGGCAGCGGCGGAAUGGGAAGCCGUGGACGAUCCAGCCUCGGAUUGGACCUUCCACUGAGAACUCAGUCCAACAGUCGACGGAACGAAGCUGAACUGAUGAAGAUUAUCGACAAAAGCGGAAUGAUCAAAAUCAACGAUCAGGUGUUCAAAACUACGUUGGUCGAGAUGCAGGAUUUGGGAGAGCUGGGCAGCGGAACUAGCGGCCAUGUGGUCAAAAUGCGCCACAGUCCGAGCGGGGCAGUCAUUGCCGUUAAGCAAAUGCGUCGCACGGGAAACGAUGAGGAGAAUAAGCGAAUCAUCAUGGAUCUGGACGUGGUGCUCAAGUCGGAAAACUGUCGCUACAUCGUCAAGUGCUUGGGCUGUUUCAUAACCGAUGCGGACGUGUGGAUCUGUAUGGAACUGAUGACGACCUGUUUCGACAAGCUGCAGAAGAAAUCCAAGAAACCCGUCCCGGAACGGAUACUGGGCAAGGUGACGGUGGCCACGGUGAAUGCGUUGGCUUACCUGAAAGAUAACCACAACGUGAUCCAUCGGGACGUGAAACCCUCGAACAUACUGAUCGACGACCGGGGAAACAUCAAGCUGUGCGAUUUCGGCAUCAGUGGUCGGUUGGUGGAUUCGAACGCCCGGACAAGGUCGGCUGGGUGCGCUGCGUAUAUGGCGCCCGAGCGAAUCGACCCGGCUAAUCAGUCGUACGACAUCCGGGCGGACGUUUGGUCCUUGGGUAUCACGUUGGUCGAGCUUGCCACGGCAAUGUUUCCCUACCGCAACUGCAAAACGGACUUCGAAGUUCUCACCAAGGUGCUCACGUCCAACCCGCCCAGCCUGCCCGAGGAUCAGGACUUCAGUUCGCACUUUCGGGACUUUGUCAAGGUGUGCCUGCGGAAGAACUACGAAGAUCGACCGAAAUAUCCGGACCUGUUGAAGCACCCGUUCCUGCAGCGAGCCAAACAGGAAGAGGUGGACGUUGCCGGCUGGUUCCGCGACGUGGCCUUCAGCAGUGGCAUCCAGCUGAGCACCACCCCGCAGCUGGUUGCGUCCGGCAGUGGGGUUUCUUCCUCGAGUUUAGUUGGCUCCGGCAGCUCGCCGACUUCCGUCAGUAUCCAGAGGCCUUCUUCGUCGGCGUCCGAUCAGAAUAGAGUCCCGACCCCCUACGAAAGCCUGACGGAAGCGGUCCAGGCACAGUCCAACCAACAAAAGCAAUCAGCAAUAGCUUCGUCAAUACCGAUAAAGUCCAGCAAUCUACAAACGCAACCGCAAAACAAUAUCGAUGCCCAGCAGCAAACGUUACAGGUGAAACUUAGCAGCAUUAGUUUAGCGCCGUCACAAGCUACCUCGUCUUCCACUGCAUCAUCUAUCGAUAUACGAUCUCCCUCGCCCGCACAACCACAGCAACAGCAAAUGCAAACACCUCAGGCAAAUUAUCUUAAAUUGCAACAGCCAAAUGCGAUAUUUAGCACUAGUACCAAUAGCAGCAGCAGCAACAGCCACCACACUGGUCCGGAAGUGAACCGAAAGUACAAACAUUCGCCAUUUCUACCGCGGAGAGUAGCAGCGACAGAUCCGAUCGCCAACGCAGCCCAAAAUCCACUUCACGCUUACGGCAGCCCAAAAAAGGAAUCGACACUCAGCAGCCUAGGUCAAAGUAUAUUCCGUAACCUGACAACGUCUCCGUUUUCACACCGCAAAUCCGAACAGAAGUCGUACAAACCACCGCUUCCGGGCGAGGAUGGUGGCGGUGGUGGAAUGGCGAUGCUAAAUGGGAACAGGCCCGGUUUCAGCAAUCCAUCGUCACCGCUUCUCCUUAACCGGAAGAUGAUCGACCUGAACGACGAACAGCAGUACAAGCAACUGCAGGGAAACACUAGUCCUAUAGUUCUUCAACGGUUCUACCACCAGCAGAACCAGCUGAGAGAAAGUAAACAGCAGCAAUUGGAGCAGCAACUGUCGACAAACCCGUUCUAUCAGCCGCAACAGCCGAGUGGAAUCCCAAUUAAAUACAGUCCCCUGCCAUCGCAUCGAACGGUACAUCACGCGGCGAAUCCAGCUUUUGCCGGUGGAAGCUAUAUGGGCUAUCCUCCGGUCUUGCCACAUGAGGCGAGCAAUAUACCAACUUACCAGUACCAACAGCUCAAUAAUGCCGGCAGUAACAGCAGUAGUAGUCCUAGUAAGCCAAAAACGAGCGGCUUCUUCAACACCUUUAGUCGAUCUAAGAGUCAAAACAAUGGAAGUGCCAGUUCUAGUCAACGGGGUAAUGCGGGUACUAGUGGAGUUGGGAUCCCUGGUAGCGAUGGUGGCUUCCCGGAAGCAGGUUUCUACCAGAACCAUCAGUUGUAUGGGCGACAAACGUUACCGGAGUAUGGCAGUGCGGGAUUGGGCAUGCCCAGCGGUAUCAGCAAUGGCGACAACAUGAUGAAAGACGAUACAGGGUGGUUCAAUUCAAUUGCAGAUCUUGCCAAACGACGGUUCGCUUCCUUCGUGAAGGUGAACCUAGCCUCGUCAACGGGCGAGAAACGACCAAAGGACAAGCAUCUGCAGAACCAUAUGCUACAGAUGCAACAACACCAGCCGCCGCAGUAUCCCUUCACCGGUGGAAACGGUUCCCUGGUGGCUCCGAUGAACAACUAUCCGGCCAGUACGAACCCUUUUGUAGGGCCGUCCAGUGGUAUUCCGCCGGCGAUACCGCCAUCAGCUGCGGCUCACGUGUUGGGAAAUGAUCGACGGCAUCGGAGUCCCGAUCCACCUCCAAGGUAUAACAGAGGACAGUCGCCAUUGCUGUUGCAUCGAAAGCUAGAAAAAUUAGGACAAACGGGGUCGCCACUGCUCAAUCAACGCUUCACCUCGGCGUCUCCGUCGCCUCCGCUGCCACCCCGACGCGGCUCCGAAAGCGUUCCCGGUUCUCCUCAGCACAUCCGCACCCGCCUGCAUUACACUCCGGAACCGCACAGGCGACCCUAUCGGACGAUAGACCAAUGAGUGGGACUGCAAAUUCUGAUCAUGUGAUCAAUGUAUAGCUUCCUGGAUUGAACACCACUUCACGAUGCCACUGCUUGGUCUGAUUGAUUUGGAUGUUUGUGGGCUCGGCUCGCUUAUUUUUGCCGUGGUCUGUCUUCGUCGUUGUCGUCUAAUGUCGCCGAUGCCAAAAUCGCCAAACAGGUCGUUGACGAUUAUUUUGCGGGUAUUGUGUACGGGAGUUUACAGAAGUUUGCUUCAAUGGUUGUGGCUUAUUGUGUUUCCUGACGGUCAGUGCUUAUACAUUCAAUGGGCAAUGUAUAUGUAGUGAGUGGUGUCAGCGCUUUCUGCUUUCGGUAUUUAAAAGACACACCUAAAAGAACGAACACGAUUAAAUAGUACGAAUUUCGCUAUAUUUGGUUAAGAACGACGAGCUUCUGGCUGGCAUCGAAAAGAUUAACAAUCAGACUAGCAGAGUUCGAUUUUGACAAUGGAAAAGAGCAAUCUCACUUCUAGAUUUACUGACGAUAUCAUUGCAAUGAUCAGAUGACAGAAUUGACUAUCACGCCAUCGUCACUAUUUGAAGUGAUGAAAAGUGAUUGCGUUUACAAUUAUAUUACUUUGAAAACUAUUCUUUUUGUGACAAUUGUGUAUUCUUUCACAUUUUUGCAUUGACUCAUUGAUUGAAACUAUACUGCUUGUGCGAUAGCUGUCCAUGACAUUUUAUGGACAGAUGUUGGUUAAUUGACUGAUUUUAAAGAAAAACAUUAAAUGUGAAGUUGAGAACCAAAACCAGAUCGAAAAUCAUAGCAGAAAAAUUCAUUUCGACAAAACAGAUCUGCCAUUCUAAAAUAAAAUGUUUCUCUAUUGAUCCAAACAUGUGCAAAAAAAUGAAUCAUUUUAUUUGAAAGUGGCUGAAAAACACUGGAAUGGUUUUCUUCUAUUUGGUGUUCUCUAUAUUGUGAUUUGACGUGCCCACGCUUUCGUCCUUCCUUGUCCUUUAUACAUCUUUCAAUAAUAAUAAUAACAUCAUAAAAGUACAUAAUAUGGAAGCAUUCUGUAGCUCGCUCUUUAAAAAGUGCGAAUAUGUAUUGUUCCAAAAACAAGUAUAAUAGUAACAACAAUUACUUAAACGAUUGAAUUAUGGUUUUCAGUUUUAUUCUUUGUUGUGAAGAUGAUAUUUUUGGAAUGUAACGUUCGCAUGUGACAACUCUAUUUAUAGCAAAGCUCUAUUUAUGCAACACAUAUUAUCGAAAUAGACUGCAUUAUAGUAACGCGAGACCCCUUUUUGAAUAAGAUGCUCAUUUACUCUCCCAGCUCUUGCACGUAUAUGCCUUCAUCUCUAGAACAUCCCGCAUAUAGACAACCGUAAUAGCAAAACUUAGCAUCCCAUCUCCCCGUUGAAAAUAAUGGAAAAAUAAUAAGACUUGUGAUUCGUGAAACCAGCAUUGGUGGAAAAAAAGUAUGUUAAACAUCGCGGCUACAAUAUUAGCUAGCCAUUGCAAUUAUAGUGCACACCGCAUACCAGACAAGAAAAAGAAUUUUUGUAUAUAAAUAAUCCAGAAUUAUACCAAUACGAGUUCUUUGAAAAAAUAUAAAGAAUAAUAAAUAAAGCAACUACAAAAAAACCGACAAAAUAAGCAUAGGUUAACGUUGUAGGAAAAUAUAUAUUCAAGAAGGGGAAGUGGAGAGCCCGUGAUCAUAAAGAAAACGCGCAACAAGCGAACUAUGAACGAAACAACAACAAAAAGAAACCAUUUAGUC